UCGAAAAUCAAAUUUAGCUCACAAUUUAAUGUACAAUUUCAAUUAUCACAACCCAAGCCCAAUUCCCACCUUUACCCCUUUUUAAAAUUUUACAGAAAGAGCGAUAAGAUAAGGCAACAAAUCCACACGCACUCUCACUUCUUCCUCCUUCAACAAUGGAAGCCACUCUCGUCCUCUCCCCCUCCCCCUUAUCCCUAACCAGACCCGCCAACCCCUUCCUCUCCCUCCCGACCCGACCCGGCUCCCGUCCCUACCGCCUCCCCACCAUCCGGUCCGCCAUCUCCCGCGUCAAGAAAGAAGAGACCGUCUCCACCAUCAAAACCAACCUCGAAAACUGCUACCUCCUGGCCGGAAUCAGCUACAAAGGCCUCACCGUCAAGCAAUUCCAGGACCUCCGCAAAGCCCUACCGGACUCCACCAAGCUCAUCGUCGCCAAGAACACCCUCGUCUUCAAGGCCAUCGAGGGGACCCCCUGGGAGGCCCUCAAGCCGUGCAUGACGGGGAUGAACGCGUGGCUCUUUGUGCACAGCGAGGAGAUCCCGCCGGCGAUUAAGCCCUACCGGGAUUUCCAGAGGGAGCGGAAGCUGGAGAACGACUUCACCGGAGCGGUGUUCGAGGGGAAGUUUUACGGUCCCGGAGAUUUCAAGGCGCUGGAGACAAUGCCGACGAGGCUGGAGAUUUAUGCCAAGCUGCUUGGCUCUCUUAAAGGACCGGCCUCGAAUUUGGUGGGGACGAUUCAGGCGCCGGCCAGGGAGCUGGUCAUGACUUUGCAGGCGUAUGUGCAGAAAUUGGAGGAGGAGAGCGGGCAAUAGUAAAGAAAGAAAGAAGCUCUGUAAGUGUAUCUUGAACUUGAAGAAAUAACCAAAAUUUUAGGUUUAUUCUUUGAGUUUUUUGUGUUGUUGUAGAAUGGUUGGGCAUUUAUAUCUGUUGUGUUGAAAUUCGAGGAAUGAAGAGCUGUAGAUUUUGUAAAAUUGGAAUCUUAGCAAGCAAUGAUCUUCAUUUUUGUGGCUAUUUCUGCUUAAUUUGCUCCACUGGUGUGGUUUUUAUAC